AUGUUGUCGAAGUUGACCUGGUUACUGUCAUCCGCCGACGCACGUUUUGUUGAUUUCCUGUUGACAAUAAAUGCAGUGACAAAAGAAGUAGCCGAUAGAAUCCACGCAGUACUCGGGAGGCAAAUAGGACUAUCCAAGGAGACGAUAGACGCCCACAAGAUCGAGAGUGAAGUGCAUGGAAAAUACAGAUGGAUCGCGUACGACAAGACGGUCAAGUUUCAGAAGACUAAGGAAUACAACAGACCAGACAUCAUCCUGGCGGAUCGGCGGAGGAACACCAUAACCAUCGUGGAGAUAGGAAUCAGCAAUCAAUAUAACCUAGUGGAUACGGAGUUCAAGAAGCACAAGUGUGAAGACAUUAUCGAAGACCUCGAGGCGCGACAGUUCAACCAGCAGACCAAGAUCCGGGUUAUCCCCUAG